CUCUGAUUUCAUUUCAUAUUCUCGUUCCAUCACUAACAAAAAGAAAAUUUCGCCAUGAAACCACGAACCAGUGAAAGUGAAGAAGAAAGUGGAAAAUUGGGAGAGGGAAGCAGCACAUCGCAGGGGCAGAGAGUCGACGCAGUUGAAUCUCGAUCCUCGUCGGUUAUUGUUCGCGGCAGCGAUGGCAGCGGUUUCGUCAAAUGCCCAGAUUGCGGCAAGGACGUUCCUGCUCUACUUAUCAGCAUGCAUGGUUGCAGCGACGAAGCCAAAACUAAAAUGAAUCUCGAGACACAACUUGUGGAACGGCCUUAUGAAGCUAAGAGACCAGUGAGGAAGAAUCCAAGAUUUAUUGUACCAAAGGCUAAAAGGGCCAAAGUUGAGAAGACGAAGAAGGUGAAAGAUACAGACGUGCCAAAGAAGCCUCCAUCAUCCUUCUUUCUCUUCAUGGAUGAUUUUAGGGAAUCUUUUAAGGAGGCGAACCCUGAUUCAAAGGAUGAUAACAGGGUUCGUAAAGAGGCUCGUGACAAAUGGAGGUCCAUGACUGAUGAAGAGAAGAAGCCUUAUUCUGAUAAAUUUGCUGAACUUAAAGUGGAAUAUGAGAAGGCUAUGGAAAUUUACAAUGCUGCUAAAGCAGGAGAAGAGGGAGAAGGUGAAGGAGAGCAUGAAGAGGGGGCUGAUGAACAAUCUGAUAAAAAAGCAGCUGCUGCAGGUGAAGAGGGAGAAGGUGAAGGAGAGCAUGAAGAGGGGGCUGAUGAACAAUCUGAUAAAGAAGAAGCUGCUGCAGGUGAAGAGGGAGAAGGUGAAGGAGAGCAUGAAGAGGGGGCUGAUGAACAAUCUGAUAAAGAAGAAGCUGCUGCAGGUGAAGAGGAGGAGCUGACUGAUGAGGAUUAAACUGGUUGCUAUGCACAAGAGCUUCCUAACUGUUACUAGUGUAGUGUUGUAAAUUCUUGCAUGCACUUUACUUGGGGUUUUAUCAUUUAGGUCUUAAACUGUUAAUACUGUUCAAGUGCCUUUGAAGUUGCACUGCAACAUCUUUCUGUAUUGUCAUCUUGGAAUAUUCUUCAAUGGCACUUGGUUAAUACCUAUUUCAUUGUUCUCCCCAACAGAUCUGUUUGAAUAUGUCUCAAGUUACUAGUGUGAUAUUCUUUCUAUGGCUCUAGCAAUUGAUGAAGGUUGCUUUGUGCGUUACUGUCAGUAGUACUAUUGGAUGGAAAUGCGACACAUAAUGUUCACA